CAAGGAAAGUCAUUCUCGGAACGGUUAGCCAAACUGUAUGAUAACCUUCGUUAGCGGGUGAUAAAACUGUGGUCCUGGUAUAAAUACAACCCAUAAAACAGUAGUAGGGCAUCCCGAGCACCAUGAAGAUUUCUCUGUUGCUUGUUAUUGCAGCACUCGUCGCUGUGGCGGAGGUGUGCGGUCAGCCGGUGGAAUCGGCAUCUGGGAAAGUGGAAGAACUUCAAAGAUGGAAGAGGGACGACGCAGACGAGGAUACCAUAUGCGUCGCGGCAGACAACAAGUACUACUUGUAUGCUAAUUCGCUGAAGCUAUACACUUGUUACAACCAGCUCCCGAAAGUUUACGUGGUGAAACCAAAGUCUCAAUGUCGACCAUCUCUGUCAGACUGUCCCACGAGUUAGGUGUAUUGCAAGUCUCUAAGCUCAAGUUGACGGCGCGGACUACUCUGCGAGUGGGUGAAGACCAGAUGGCUGUCCUGAUGUCUUCAGAGAAACCAAUAUACUAAAAAGGACAACAGAACUUACCUCUUUUACUCACAACCAAAACCGGAGGAAUGACCUCAUCCACUUUUAUGACAGUUUCUGGUCGCUAAUCGAAUUUCAAUAACUAUCAGCUUUUUUUUUUUUUUUGUUAUAAGAGAAACUGACUGCAAGGAUUAGUAUUUAAUAACAAUGGUUUUGGCUUUUUAUAUUUCUGUUGUUCUUGUAAUAGUUUUAUGUAGAAUCAAAUAAAGAGUACUUCCAUUUCA